AUGCCACGGCGUCGCCUUGGGCGGUCCUUUGAUCCAAUUGCUCAUAUCGAAAGACCUGUUAGGCGCUUUUUCCGUGCCGCUGAGGCACCACUUCCAGCGGGCAGGACAGAAAGCGAAAGCAAGGCGCAGCUUUCAGAAGGAUGA